AUGGCUUCAAAGAAUCGUUUUAUUACCUUAAGUUUUUUCUUAUUUUUGAUCCUGGUGCUUUUACCACAUGCAAUAGCUUGGGAUAAUGAGGACCACGAAAUAUUUACACUAGUAGACGAAUUAGAAGCUUCCGAGGGAAAGGAUGUAAACUUUUAUUCCUGGCUUGGUUUAGAACCUACAGCCACAGAAAAAGAGAUUAAUAGAGCAUAUCGAAAAUUAUCACUUGCAUUACAUCCUGAUAAAAAUCAUGACGCUAAUAGCAAAGAAAGAUUUUCUCGAUUAGGCGCCAUUACGACAAUUUUACGUAAUCAAGAUAUGAGGGAACGGUAUAAUUUCUUUUUAAAAAAUGGAGUGCCCAAAUGGCGUGGUACUGGGUAUUAUUAUAAACGAUAUAGACCUGGAUUAGGGACUGUUUUAACAGGGUUAUUAGUAUUAGGUUCAUUUUUGCAUUAUAUGGUAAUGUGGGUAAAUUACCAUCAAGAAAAAAAGAGAAUUCGUUAUUAUAAACAUGAAUCGAGAGAAAUUGCUUGGGGGAAAAGAAUGAAAAAACAACAAACGAGAAAGCGUGUUUGUGUAAAUGGUUUAACAUUUGUAGUCGAAGGCGAUUUUGUUUCUUUUUUAGCUGAAGAUGGAAUCGAAUACAGGUUGGAUGAAGAAGUAAUCGAUCAACCUAAAAUAACUGAUGUGAUGAUCUUUGUGUUGCCUAAGUGGUUCUAUGAAAAUAUAUCAAAUAAAUUUACCACAAAAAAAUCUUCCAAUACUACCGCCACCCGAGAAAAAAAUAUUUAG